UUUUUUUCUUAUUUCUGUCUUCUUUGAUGUGUGUUUCAACCUCACUUUUAAUUAGCUGGAUGUAAUCGGUUUAUAUUAUAAUGAAUUUUAGAGUGAGAUUCUUUGGUUCCAGCUGUAACUAUUGAUAGGAUUGCAAACUGCACGCUAUUGUAUUUCUUCUAAGAAACUGGAGCAAGAAAGCUCAGUAGAUGUAUUCUGACUUACUGUCUUCUGGGUUUUGUUUCUGUGUUUUAAGAAAAAGACGUUCAGGACAAGAGUUCUCGUUUGUUUAUCCACUCGACAAAUUAUUGAGUGCUUCCUCCAUGGCAGCCUCAAUAGUAGGGCAGUGCAAUAGUGAACAAGACAGAUGAGCAAGUCCUCCCUGUCCUCCUGAAAUGUAUUCUGGUGGGAGAUACUGAUGAGUAAAUAAAUAGCCAAGCAAGACAAUUAAAGAUAAUGUUUACUGUUUUACAGAAAUGGAGCAAGAGCCACCAAAUGGAGAAGCUGCUGAAAUUAAGAUCAUCAGAGAAGCCUACCAAAAGGCCUUUCUGUUUGUUAAUAAAGGGCUGAAUACAGAUGAAUUAGGCCAAAAGGAAGAAGCAAAGACCUACUAUAGGCAAGGGAUAGGACAUCUGCUCAGAGGAAUCAGCCUCGCGUCGACGGAGCCUGAACACACAGGACCUGAGUGGGAAUCAGCCAGGCAGAUGCAACAGAAGAUGAAAGAAACACUACAGAAUGUCCGCACCAGGCUGGAAAUCCUAGAGAAGGGUCUUGCCACUUCGCUACAGAAUGACCUUCAGGAGGUGCCAAAGUUAUACCCAGAAUUCCCCCCUAAGGAAAUGCCGGAAAAGCCACCGUCCUUUGGCUCACUUUCGUGGCAUGCUCAAGUGAAUGGAGACACUCCAGCCACAAGUGGAGCGUCGGCCUCCGCACCGGGUCCUCUGCCCUCCGCGCCGCAGGGUCGUCCAACAGAGGCACCUCCCGCUUACACCCCUCAGGCUGCCGAGGGCCACUACACGGUCUCCUACGGCACAGAUUCUGGGGAGUAUUCAUCAGUUGGAGAAAACUUUUACAGGAAUCAUUCUCAGCCACCUCCUCUUGAAACCUUAGGGCUCGAUGCAGAUGAGUUGAUCUUGAUACCAAAUGGAGUACAGAUUUUUUUUGUAAACCCUGCAGGGGAGGUUAGCGCACCUUCAUAUCCUGGGUACCUUCGGAUUGUGAGGUUCCUGGAUAACUCUCUUGAUACAGUUCUAAACCGCCCUCCUGGAUUCCUUCAGGUUUGUGACUGGUUGUACCCUCUAGUUCCUGAUCGCUCGCCAGUUCUCAAAUGUACCGUAGGAGCCUACAUGUUUCCUGACACGAUGUUGCAGGCAUCAGGAUGCUUUGUGGGCGUCGUCCUGUCCUCCGAAUUACCUGAAGAUGACAGAGAGCUCUUUGAGGAUCUUUUAAGACAGAUGUCUGACCUUCGGCUCCAGGCCAACUGGAGCAGGGCAGAAGGAGAGACUGAGUUCCAAAUCCCUGGAAGAAUAAGACACUCUUCUGACCAGAUGGGGAAAGCCUCUGGCCCUGAUAAGAGAUCGUUGGGUUCUCCAUCAGACCCAGGCACUAAGGACGUGCGUUAUAAAGGAAAGCGUGGGAAAAAGGUUAAAGAUACUUCAAGCGAAGAAAUGAAUCUAAGUCACAUUGUACCCUACGAGCCAGUCUCAGAAGAAAAAGCAAAGGAGUUACCUGAGUGGAGUGAGAAAGUGGCUCAAAACAUUUUGUCAGGUAUUGUAGUAAUGUUAAUUUUUUCCCCUAUAUUUGGUCUUCUUUUUCUUGUUACGCUAGUUGACGGAGUUUGCACCGUAGCAAAUUGCGUUGGAAAAGAACUCGCGCCACACGUCAAGAAGCACGGAAGCAAACUUGUUCCAGAGUCUCUUAAAAAAGACAGAGAUGGGAGGUCCACCCUGGACGGAGCUAUGGUCAUAGCAGCAAGCAGUGUUCAAGGAUUUUCAACUGUCUGGCAGGGAUUGGAAUGUGCAGCUAAAUGCAUUGUUAACAACGUUUCAGCAGAAACUGUGCAAACGGUCAGAUACAAGUAUGGGCAUAAAGCAGGAGAAGCCACACACUAUGCUGUGGAUUCUGCCGUCAACGUCGGUGUGACCGCCUAUAAUAUUGACCACAUCGGCCUCAAAGCAAUGGUGAAGAAAACUGCGAAACAGACAGGACACACAAUCCUUGAGGACUAUAAGAUAGUUGAUAAUUCUCAGGGGAAAGAUCGAGAAGGAGGAGCUAGUGUGAAGGUGACAGGACAGAAGGAAGAGCAGCUGGAGGUGGAAGAGCAGAAGGAAGAGCUAGAAAAGAAGGCGAAGAAGAAAGAGAAAUGAUGGGCAGCCGUGAGCACCUAUACCAAAGCCUUACGGAUGAGUACAGUUUUGUUAAAUAGGCAAAUGUGAAUCUUCACAGAGGAACCAGUAUUUUUUUAACAUAUUCAUUCCUCCAAAGUGACUGUGUCAUAAGUUUUAUGGCCUGUAUUCUACUUACCCGGAGAAGAAUGCAUAUUCUUGCAUCUGGCCUUUAGAUGUAUACAGCUGUAUUCUCGGUUUUUCUCCUAAAUGUGGCUAGAAUGUGUUUGCAAUUAAAAUAAGACCGAUGAUACAUGUGCGAUAAACUUCAUUAAACCUAAUGUUAAACUAUUUUUGUGCCUGCUGUCUUUCAGAAAGCAAAGUAGGAACUUAAGUAUUUACAUACAGUUUGGCACUUCAUUCUAUUUAUAUUGGAAAGGAAUGACUUAGAAUAGUGUCUCCUGCACUAAUU